CACUCGAAAAAGAAAAGAAAGAAAAUCCACAAAAAAACCCAACGUCCCCUCCACUAUCUUUUAAAAAAAACCAAAAGCUCAUGCCUAGUCGCCGACUCGUCCCAGACUCGCGGGAACUCUAUUAACUCGCCCGCCCCGACUCAGUCCACCCUUGGCUUUCCAUUUCACUACUUGAAGCUCUUUCCUCUUUUGUCAAAAGCUCAAGUUUUUUUUACAGCAAUUUUAUUUUUUACUUUUUCUGAGAGUCAGAGAGUAAAAGGCAGAGAUGUAUGUGGUGCCGCCACCUCAACGAUCGGAUCCGGGUUCUACCGGCGGCGGUUCGGGUGAUUUACGGGUUUACCAAACUUGGAAAGGCAGCAAUAUAUUUUUAUUUCAAGGGAGGUUUAUAUUUGGACCGGAUGUAAGAUCAUUAGGGCUGACUAUUUUACUAAUUGUAGCGCCAGUGUCCAUUUUCUGUGUAUUUGUUGCCAGGAAAUUGAUGGAUGAUUUUUCUCAUCACUUGGGUAUUUCAAUCAUGGUUGUUGCGGUUGCCUUCACUGUCUAUGAUUUAGUUCUUCUACUGCUAACAUCUGGAAGAGAUCCUGGUAUAAUUCCACGCAAUGCACACCCUCCAGAGCCAGAAGGUUUUGACGGGAAUGCAGAUGUUGGGGCUGGCCAAACUCCACAGUUACGAUUGCCACGCAUGAAAGAAGUGGAGGUCAAUGGAGUUUCUGUGAAGAUCAAGUAUUGUGACACUUGCAUGCUUUAUAGACCUCCUCGUUGCUCACAUUGUUCAAUCUGCAAUAACUGUGUCGAACGAUUUGAUCACCACUGCCCUUGGGUUGGGCAGUGUAUUGGACUGCGAAAUUAUCGGUUCUUCUUUGUGUUUGUCUUCUCAACAACCCUUCUCUGUAUAUAUGUUUUUGCAUUCUGUUGGGUCUACAUUAGAAGGAUCAUGGCUUCAGAGGAGACAACAAUUUGGAGAGCCAUGAUUAAAACACCGGCUUCCAUUGUUUUAAUAGUUUACACUUUCAUCUCAAUGUGGUUUGUUGGUGGUUUGACCGCCUUCCAUUUGUAUCUGAUCAGCACAAAUCAGACAACAUAUGAGAAUUUCAGAUACCGAUAUGAUCGCCGAGCAAACCCCUAUAACAAAGGAGUGGUUGAGAACUUUAAGGAGAUAUUUUGCUCCAGCAUUCCCUUAUCCAAGAACAACUUUAGGGAAAAGGUUAUGAGGGAACCUGCGUUACCAACACGACCUGGUGGUUUUAUGAGUCCUAAUAUGGGGAAGGCCGUGGAUGACAUAGAAAUGGGUAGGAAGACAGUAUGGGGCGAUAUGGGGGCUGGCACUGAUCAUUGUGAAGGGCAACUCACAAGUGACCGUGUAAAUGUUAAGGAGGGUGAAUUAGGAGAACUGUCUCCAGAUAUUAGAACAACAGUAGAUGACACGGGUGACCGUUCUGGUAUACAUCCAAGGCGAUCUAGUUGGGGUAGAAAAAGUGGAAGUUGGGAAAUGUCGCCUGAAGUUCUUGCUUUGGCGGCUAGAGUGGGAGAACCAAAUCGUGCCGUUGGAAGUACCAGCAGCAGCGGCUUGACAACUGAGAACCGUCAGACAUAACUUAUGCUGUGGUAUUGACUGUAGAAAAUGGGAAAGGGUUUAAUGUGGCGGGUAUGAUUGGGUUCUUGGGGUUUCAUGCUAAGGUUCAUCGACUUCCUCCUUGAGUCAUGUGCAUUAUGGGAAUAUUUGUUUUUGGCAGGGUGUUUGAAAGUGUUGGCUUGGCCCUUGUGCUUUGAUGAAAAAGAACUGGUUUCAUGUAUGAGAGUGAGCUUUUUCCAGUUUUGAUUUUGUAUUUGUGGAAUUAGUUAGUUUCUAAUUGUAUUGACCUUUGUGGAUUCAUUUUAGUAUCUUACAGUGCUGAGUUCAACUCUCUGAA